UACGUCACAGAACACAUCCUUGCUGUGGAGUGCGACAGUCCAUCCCCUUCCAAGGAUGAGGCUGCUCGCCUGCGUCCUCGAGCUCGUCCUUGCCCUUGCCCUUGCCCCACUGCGCUACCGCUGCUGCUACUGCCCCCGGUUUCUGUGUACGAUCUUGCAUCUUGCAUCUAAGGGCAGUGCCUGUCCUUAUCUACUGCCUGAAGAUAGAGCAGUCGCUGUUGAUGGACUAAAUGGCUGCGAACGACGUUGCAAAUGUUGUGCCCUGCCAUAAUAUCGCGGUGCAUGAAAGUGCCACAGGUUGAUCAGCAUUGCCUGCGGAUCUCGACCUGUCCGACAAACUCCUUGCACGUCGGGCACUUCUUCGAAGUACAAGUACUCAUUCACUCCAACUACGAUGUAGCCUAGGGACCUGGCCUUUAGGACAUCAAGACGAAGUCAAUAAAAACAUAGAACGAUUUUAUAUAACUUUGUGAUAGUGUUCUUGCCUUCUGAACAAAGUACGAC